CAGUACUGAAUAGAUAGUUAUAGAUAUAUCAUCUGGUCCCUGUCUCCAUGAUGGGCUCUUGAUGAUUGUAGUUAUAGCAGAACUUGCACAUGGAGAUAGCAGCAUUUUCAGUUAUUCUUCCUGCUUCCAUUCCAAGGUGGCUUUGAUAAAGGUCUCAAGGAAAAUGUUGAUUUUUUCACAUCUUGCUCUACUGCAGAAAGAAAUCAGUUGCUCUCUGAAGGAUGAACACUCCGAGAUAUUUUCCCUCGAAGUGGCAACGACGGCAAGAAAGCUUGUAGUUGCAUGCCUGGAUGUAACAGUGGAGGGCCAUUGGAGGCAAUUAAGCAUGAGGUCACAGGGUUUCUCUGCAACCCCACCCCACUGGCAAUGCAAUAGCUAUGUCUAAACUCAGAAGCAACCCUGAGAUGGCAGAAAAGAUGGGUAAAGAAGCAUAUCAUCAUAUCAGUGAAAAAUAUCUCUUCCAAGACAUUAGGGGUAGAACCGAAGCUUUAUGCCAUCAAAUGUGCAUCAGAGGACAAUUCAGUGAAAGUUUUUUCCACAUAUGAUACAUAGUAUGACUGGAUAUUGUGAUGGGUAAGCUGGCCUUUUAUUGGUUAUAUGGUAGCUAGACACUAAGGUGACCAUGGGGUAAUUCAGUUACUGACUGUUGAGAAUUUUACUGUUUAUAUAUGGCACCAAGAUAGGCUGAUUGACUGUUCAGAAUGUAUUGCAGAUCUAUGUUGGCAAUGUUUCAUCAAUCCAACAUGACUUCCACAGAGGUUUUGAUU